CGUUUACACUUCGAAUGCUCGAAAAUUCGGUUAAUGAACCCGAUCGAGCUCCAGGAGAGACCAAGUUUGAAAUGUCCUCUAUUCCCCAUUUAAGAAAAGCCUACUUGAAAAGGAUUAGGAAGAAGUGUAGGCGUUUGUAUAAGAAACCAUGUUACGAACAAAGAGUUUGGCUUAAAGACUUCGAUAACUUAGACGUUAGGGAUAAAAUCAGUUUUAUACACGAAUUAUUAUUCAGAUGUGAUUCAGAAAGUCUUAAGGUCAUUAAUACCACUCUAAGUAAUUUACGAAAAGUUGAUUUCAUUUCUGAGCUUCCCAAAGAUCUUGCUCUCUUCCUAAUUUCCAAGUUGGAGGUAAAAUCUUUAAUUUACAGUUCUCAAGUGAAUCAUUUGUGGGCAGCAUUAACUAACUGUGAAUGGGUUUGGAAAUCUGCUUAUGAAAAAUUAAUUUCAGAAAACGGUGGGGGGCUACCCAUUCAGACUAAACUUACUAACAAUUCUUGGAAAACCUUGUGCGUUCAAGAAUACGCAAUUAUUACCAAUUGGUACUCCAAAAGAUUUCUUACCCGCGAGUUAUUGGGACAUAGAGAAGAAAUUAUAACAUACAUAAAGCUUGAUGGAAACCGAAUCAUCAGCGGUUCUGUGGAUUUCACCAUAAAAAUUUGGUCAACUGAGACUGGAGAAUUAAUUCACAAUUUAGAAGGCCAUACGGGUGGAGUUUGGAGCUGCUACGUGGAAGGGAAUUUAGUAAUUAGUGGUGGGACCGACCAAACAAUUAGAAUUUGGGACGCUCAGGAAGGAAGAUGUUUACACGUACUGUAUGGACACACAUCUACUGUCCGGUGCUUGGAUGCCUCAGGCGACAUGCUGGUGAGUGGGGGUCGGGACCACACCGUACGAGUGUGGAAUAUACUAAGCGGAGAGUGUUUGCUUCUGCUCAGAGGACACACACAAUCCGUCCGAUGCGUUCAGUUUGACGGGAAGAUAGUAGUAAGCGGCUCUUAUGACCACACUCUUCGCGUUUGGGAUCCAGUCAGUGGCCGCUGCUUGCAUGUGCUGACUGGGCAUACUAAUAGGGUCUACUCUUUACAAAUGAAAGGAUCGACGAUUGUAUCGGGGUCGCAGGAUACUACAAUCCGAGUUUGGUGCGCGGAGACGGGGAAGUGCUUAAGCGUGCUUUCCGGGCAUUCUUCUCUGGUGGGGCUGUUGCAACUCAGAGGAAAUCUUCUGCUCUCCGGGAAUGCAGACAAGUCGCUGCGCCUUUGGGACGUCAAAACAGGCCAAACCCUGCAUGUCCUCAAUGGCCAUGAGAAUGCAAUCACGUGUUUAUGGUUCGACAACGUUAAAAUAGUGAGCGGCGCAAUGGACGGAUCUUUACGGCUGUGGAGCGUGAAAACAGGAGAAUGUUAUGGCAAACUGCUCCAGCUGGAGGGAGGAGGCAUCAUAUGGAGGGUCGCGUGUUCGCACAGCCAAAUUGUGGUCGGUGCAAGUGCCAACAACGAGGCAUCACUGCGUAUUCUGGACUUCGCUAUUUCCCCUAAAAAGUUAGCAGAGCUAAAAAGGGGGAAAUGAUAUCUCCUUUAUUCUGCGCUUCUUCAAU